AUGGCGCGUCGCAAAUGCACUACCUCUGUUUCAUCAUCUUCAUCAUCCAACAGUUCUAUCUCAUCUCAGUCAGCAGUAGCUGUACCUCCGAAGAAGAUCUCAAAGAAACUCACCAGGCCAAAGAAAAGGCACCGUUCAUCAGACGAUGACGAGAAAAUGAAUAUGGAGCCUGAGACUGACCCUCACGAAGAAUUUGUCGGUGCAGCGCGUUGCAUAGCGCGCUACAUUGACGUGUUUUGCAAGACAAAACAACUUAUCACGGUAGGUCUUUCUCUGCAGCAGCGUGACGCUGCGGAGAAUGGUGAUGUCUCGGAGGACGAAGAUAUCCGGGCUAGUCGUGACAAGCGACUCUCGAAAAUGUCACCUAAGAUCCAAGAUCGAUACAAGAGGAACUACGCUCGUCUACUCCAGCUCGUGCCGAGCUUGAAGCCUCUACUUGGCGACCCUCGGAAAAGUUCGGAACUCAAUGCCAUCAUCAAGAAGAUGGAUACUACUAUCUCCGCUACUCGUUCUGACGAUACCUCGCGCCUGAAGAACCAAAUCGGUCACUACGCGGCCUUCAACCUUCGUUCCCCGAUAAUGCCACCUAUAUACGAUGGCACUGGUUCAUGUACCCACCUGGGUAGUAACCACCCCGUUCUCGCUCGAUUUCUCUGUCCAGUCAGGGAACUCAAAGAAUUUUCAAAGGAUGCUGAGAAGGCUCAGAAAAAACUUCAAAACGGCAAGAUUAAGAUGACUGCCUCCGCUCUUCCUGCCUUUCUGUGGGCUGGGGAUCUACCAGGCAAGGACUACGACGACAAUAACAUGUUCGAAGGCAUGUUCGAGGGUCAUUUGUUGGAAAGAACGAUGCGCCACAUCUUUACAAGUCCCUCGAGUGCGUAUGGGGAGCAGAUGCGGGCGACACGCACCUGUAACGCUGCCCUACAUGACAUGACCACAGUAGAAGCAGCGCAUAUUGCCUAUGGCUGCUUGCAGGUUCGUUUUGGUAUUGGCGCCAAGAAUGCUUGGUCAGAAGUCGACGGCGAUUUCAACUAUCGCGACUUCUACAACAACAUCGUCGACCUCAUCGAAGAUUCACCCGAUCCAGAAUGGAAAGACGAGCUCCUCAGAGCUUGGAACAUGAAAUUAUUCAAGAACGAAGAAGGCCGUGAGGGCGACUCUAUUUAUAGUAGAGAUAACAACAUUUCUAGCACCUCUCGUGAAGGAAGAGACGAUGAUCUAGCACGAGUCCAUGCCCAAAUGGCGGCUCGUCGUGCAGCCAAAGCAGCUCCAGCACAUCCUCCUUCUCCCCCACCUUCCCUUUCACCACCUCCCCCUCCUCACGAGUCAACGCCAGCUCGUCCUUCCGAACCAAUGCCUUCUUGCGAAACAACUCCAGUGCCACCUCCUACUCCCAGGCCAGUUCCCACUCCCAGGCCAGUUCCUACUCCCAGGCCAGUUCCUACUCCCAGGCCGGUUCCUACUCCCAGGCCAGUUCCUACUCCCAGGCCAGUUCCUGCUCCAUCUGCACCAGCACCUGCGCCUCCUCGCGAACCAACGCCAGCGCCUUCUGCUCCCAAACGAGUUUCUCCUCGCAAGCUUCCAGCUCCAUCUGCACCAGCACCUGCGCGUGCUGAGUCACCCGCCCCCAGUGAUCUAACGGGGUCCGAGUCGGACGAUGAGUCUGAACCCGUCCAGGUCAAAGGUAAACGCAAGGCCAAGAAGGGGAGCACCAAAGUCUCUAAGCCAAAGUGUGGCAAGGCUGCCCGAUCUGCAGAAGCCAAGCCACGGAGAAGUUCAAGGAAGUAG